UAAAAAAAAGAAAAAAGAAAAUCGGGAAAAAUUAAAAAAGGAUAAAAAACUAAUAACGAGCGCAAGGACUCUAGAUCGGGAGAGUUGAGAGGAAUAAAAUAAAAAAUAAAUAAAUUAUUUUCAGAGUUUGGAAUAAACAAAUAACAAUUAUAAAUUUCCUCAAAGUUCACGGGGCCACCGCUUUGCAUGCCACAAGUUGCAUGCUAAACACUCAACAUUAUGCAGAAGCGAAAGGCAAAAAGGAAACAGUGGCCUGAAAUAUUUUCCAACAACAAACUGCAACAAAUUGCACGCAAAUUUUUAAUAGAAAUAUAAAAGAGACGAGGAGGAGGAGCAGGAGGAAAGACGAAUCAUUUAUUUUUUUCAAACACACGCUUUGCUUUUAACAGCACCCGCAAUAAAUUUAAGGAAGCUUAAGUGAGAGGGAGAAAGAAAGAGAGAGAGAGAUCGAGAGAGAGAGAAAAUUUCCCAAAAAUGGCAACCGGCAUUGAAUUGAUUUUGGCCUCAGCCCUGUGUCUGUCCUGUGCCAAUGAGACCAUCACCUAUCCCCAAGGAUUACUGAUGGUGGACCAGAACUACGAAGUGGUCUCUGAGGCUCCCAUUGGGGAUGUCCUUGAUACCUCUCUGGACGAUGCUCCGGCCGAAACCUUGAAUACAUUCCUUGAAAAGGCAGAAAAGCUGACAAAACUCAAAAGCUGGUUGAAUGGCCGCCAUUUGAAAAUUGCCACCCUUGAAGACUAUCCGCUGAGUUAUACGGAAACCCAACCCGAUGGCAGCAAAAAGGGUAUGGGUGUAUCCUUUAUAUUGCUGGAUUUCUUGAAGGAAAAAUUCAACUUCACCUAUGAGGUGUUGGUGCCCAAGGGUAACAUAAUUGGUUCCAAGUCGGAUUUCGAUGGUAGCCUCAUACAAAUGCUCAAUACCUCGGAAGCCGACAUGGCAGCUGCCUUCUUGCCCUUGCUCUCCGAGCAGCGUUCAUUUUUGUUUUAUUCCACCACCACAUUGGAUGAGGGUGAGUGGAUAAUGGUCAUGCAACGUCCUCGAGAAUCAGCCUCCGGCUCGGGUCUCCUGGCUCCGUUUGAGUUUUGGGUGUGGAUUUUAAUAUUGGUUUCAUUGCUGGCCGUGGGUCCGAUAAUUUAUUUCUUGAUUAUUUUGCGCAACAAGCUGACGGGAGACAAUAGCCAGAAGCCCUACUCGCUGGGCCAUUGUGCCUGGUUUGUCUAUGGAGCCCUGAUGAAGCAGGGCAGUAUUUUGUCGCCGGUGGCAGAUUCGACACGUUUACUAUUUGCUACCUGGUGGAUAUUUAUAACCAUAUUAACAUCGUUCUAUACGGCCAAUUUAACCGCUUUCCUCACGCUAUCCCAGUUCACGUUGCCAUUUAAUACGGUCAACGAUAUUUUGGCCAAAAAUAAACAUUUUGUAUCGCAGCGCGGCAGUGGCAUAGAAUAUGCAAUUAAAUUGACCAACGAAAGCCUGUCCAUGCUAAGUGGCAUGGCAACACGUAAUCUGGCCGUUUUCACUGGUGACACCAAUGAUACCCUGAAUCUGCGUAAAUAUGUGGAGAAAUAUGGCUAUGUCUUUGUGAGAGAUCGCCCUGCCAUUACCCAUGUGUUGUAUGAGGACUAUUUGUAUCGCAAAACCAUUAGCUAUGACAAUGAAAAGAUCCAUUGUCCAUUUGCCAAGGCCAAAGAGCCAUUCUUGAAGAAGAAACGUUCAUUUGCCUAUCCGAGGAAUAGUAAUUUGAGUGAUUUAUUCGAUCGAGAACUCCUUAACCUUGUGGAAUCGGGCAUUAUCAAACAUCUCUCGGCCAAGGAUCUGCCCAAUGCCGAGAUCUGUCCCCAGAAUUUGGGCGGUACUGAACGCCAGCUACGCAAUGGCGAUCUAAUGAUGACCUACUACAUUAUGUUUGCCGGAUUUGCCACCUCCAUUGUGGUCUUUUCCACGGAGAUGCUGUUUCGUUAUCUCAACAAUCGUCGAGAAUCGAAUCAAUGGGCCACGCAUGGUGUGGGUCGUACACCCAAUGGUGGGUUGCUUAAGCCAUCCAAAUGGUUUUGGCGUCGUAGCAGUGAAUCGAACAAACAAUUGCUUGGUAGUUCCCAUUCGAAUAAUAUUACCCCACCACCGCCUUAUCAGAGUAUAUUCAAUAAUGGUAAAGGGUUCCAGGAGAACACCAGCAUGCGUCGAUGGCAUCAUGCGGCCAAUUAUGGAGCCAAUGGGGCGGGAGGAUUUGGUGUGCUGCGUCCGGUGGGUAACUAUUAUGGCAAUGAUGCUGGGGCUGGUAGCUCCACGAAUUCGGCGGCGUUGGAAUCGACGGGUCUUAGGAAGUUCAUCAAUGGCCGGGAGUAUAUGGUCUAUCGCACACCGGAUGGUCUCAAUCAGCUGGUACCGGUUAGGGUGCCCUCUGCUGCUUUGUUUCAGUACACCUACACGGAGUGAAGGGAAGGUAGAGGGGAAGGAGAACAAAGAAAAAGAAGAUUGGAAAAAAUAUUUUUUGAAAUAUAUUUUGGUGUGUUAUUAUCCUGUCUAGC